AUGAAACACAAGUUUCAAAGGAAUAGGCUCCCCAAAGAGGCACGCUCGCCUCGCUUCACCGGUGUAGGGGCGCCGACGGGGCGGCGGUUUUGUUUGGCUGCUGAUGGGAUGAAGACUUUGGUGGUUUGUUCGUUCUUAGUUUUGUUUACUUUCAAACGUCUCAGCUAUAGAGGCGUGGUAGGGCCUGCAACUGGGUGUCUGUCCGCUGCAGAGAAAAUGAACAUCGCCACCGACGAAUUCGGGAACCCCUUCAUAAUCCUGCGGGAGCAGGAGGAGAAGAAACGUCUGAAGGGGAUCGAAGCUCACAAGGCAAGGUUUAGGGCGAACAUAACGGCUGCCAAGGCGGUAGCUGAUUCUCUGCGUUCUUCUUUGGGUCCCAAGGGAAUGGACAAGAUUAUUGUUGGUCCUGAUGGUGACAUUACUGUUACGAACGACGGCGCAACCAUCCUCGAUAGGAUGCAGAUAGAGCAUCAAUGCGCCAAGCUGUUAGUGGAUUUGUCAAGGUCUCAAGAUGCAGAAAUCGGCGAUGGAACGACAGGCGUCGUCAUCCUGGCAGGGAAUUUGCUUGCGGAGGCGCUGCGCCUGAUUGACAAGGGGCUUCACCCUCUGCGUGUUGCGGACGGUUUUGAGGCUGCUGCUCAAAUUGCCGUGCAGUGUUUAGAACAAGCUGCGAUAGAAAAAGAUGUCUUGGGUGCAGAUCAGGAACUCCUGCGUCAGACGGCGAAGACGGCUCUGGGCUCCAAAGUGGUGAGCAGCUGCAAAGAGAAGCUGGCGGACCUCUGCGUGCAGGCGGUGCUGGCGGUUGCGGAUAAGGAGAGGAAGGACGUGAAUUUAGACAUGAUUAAGCUAGACGGCCGCGCGGGUGGUUUGUUGGAGCAGUCAACGUUGGUGCGGGGUAUCGUGUUGCACAAGGAUUUGAGUCAUUCUCAGAUGCGGAAGGAGACAAGAGAUGCAAAGAUUGCGAUAUUGACGUGCCCGUUUGAGCCCCCCAAACCCAAGACGAAGCACAAGCUUGACAUCACCAAUGCAGCGGACUACAAGAAGCUCCAGGCUGCAGAGCAGAAUUACUUCAAAGAGAUGAUUGACCAAGUUAAGAAGGCCGGCGCAAACUUUGUGGUGUGUCAGUGGGGCUUUGACGACGAGGCGAACCACUUGUUGUUGGAUGCGGAUAUUCCUGCGGUGCGUUGGGUCGGAGGAGUGGAGAUUGAAAUGCUGGCGAUUGCGACACAAGGCAGAAUUGUUCCUAGGGCUCAAGAACUCAGCGAAAGCAAACUUGGGAGAGCUGGCUGUAUUCAAGAACUCCCCUCCGGUACAAUGGGAGAUAAAAUGAUCGUCAUUCAAGGCUGCAGCAACUCGCGUGCGGUGACGCUGGUGCUGUACGGAGGCACGCAGAUGCUGGUGGCUGAGGCGGAGCGUUCAGUGCACGACGCGUUAUGCGUUGUGAGUGCGUUGGUGAGGGACGGUCGAGUAGUGGCUGGGGGAGGAGCAGCAGAGAUUGCUGCAGCAAGGGCGGUAGAGAGCCAAGCAGACACGGUAUCUUCUGUAGGGCAGUAUGCUGCUCGCGCUUUCUCUGAUGCACUCCUCGGGCUCGCAGAGGCCCUUGCAGCCAACUCGGGACUCAGUCCUAUUCAUGAAGUGCAGCGCGUCAAGGCGAUGCAGCAGCAAAGCAACUGCCCCUACUACGGCAUCGACUGCAUGCAAACUGGAACGAACGACAUGAGGGAACAGCAAGUGUGGGAGCCUUUUGCUUCAAAGAAGCAGCAGAUUCUCCUCGCCACCCAGGUUGUCAAGAUGAUUCUCAAGAUUGAUGAUGUUAUUUCUCCCAACGACGAAUAA